AUGGUUAGAGGCGACUUCGGAGGAGGCAGAGGAGCACCAAGAGGCCGUGGUGGACCACCAAGAGGUGGCCCAAGAGGCGGAAGAGGAGGUCCAAGAGGUGGCCGUGGCGGUCCAAGAGGCAUGAAAGGUGGCUCUAAAGUCUUAAUCGAGCCUCACAGAUUUCCAGGAAUCUUCAUCGCCAGAGGCAACGAAGACUCCUUAGUCACAAAAAGUUUCGCCCCCGGGGAAAGUGUAUAUCAAGAAAAGCGAAUCCCAGUCCAAGUCGGCGAAGACAAAAUCGAAUACCGAGUUUGGAAUCCUUAUAGGUCUAAAAUUGCUGCAGCAAUUUUAGGAGGAAUCGACCAGAUCUGGAUCCAGCCAGGUGCAAAAGUUCUCUAUCUCGGCGCUGCAUCAGGGACAACUGUCAGCCAUGUUUCCGACAUUGUCGGGCCUGAAGGAGCAGUCUAUGCUGUCGAAUUUUCUCACAGAUCAGGCAGAGAUCUCGUCAAUAUGGCCAAAAGAAGGACAAAUGUCAUCCCUAUUGUAGACGACGCCAGACACCCAAUGAGAUAUAGAAUGCUUGUACCAAUGGUCGACGUGAUUUUUGCUGAUGUCGCACAAAGAGACCAGGCAAGAAUUUUGGCCCAUAAUGCUCAGCAUUUUGUGAAAAAUGGAGGACACUUUGUGAUUUCGAUUAAGGCGAAUUGCAUUGACUCUACUGUAGAGCCGAGCGUUGUUUUUGAAAGAGAAAUUGAAACUUUGAAGGAAAUGGGAUUUGCACCAAAAGAAAUGCUUACUUUGGAGCCUUAUGAAGUGGAUCAUGCAGUUGUCGCUGGAGAAUACAAGCCAUUUGAGUAA